AUGACGCUGCGGUCACCGAUGAUCAAGUUCUUGCCCGAGCAGAACUGCCCUCUCCUACAGAGCUGCUUCGCUGAGCUCGUCUUCGCUAUUUGGGAACCUUGUAUCAAUGUGGAGAGGCCGCAGAGUGAGGGCUACUACUAUGAUCAGCCUUGGAGAGAUCUCAUCCGAGAUGACCUCCAUUGGCUUUGGAGCAGCUUCAUCACUGCAAUGCACUACAAGACACUCAACAGCACUUCCCGGCAUGGGAGUACUUGCUCCGCUACCAUCAUGGAUAUUGGAAGAGAUUGGUCGCGCGAAGCAUUACCCACGCCAUCCGGCAACGCAAAAACGCCACCUGGUUGGCGGACUCCCAUCGACAGGUCUUUCACCUUCUUGGACAGCAUGGCACCUUGGUUACUCCGGAACCGCACUACGUACAGCCCUUCCCUGACGAGGAUUUCUUUGGGUGCCUGCAAUGUGGGGUCAGAUGUGUUAACAAGGCUGGCGAAGGCAUUGGGUCUGGUGCCUGCCGGGAACAGCAGCGGCUCCACGAUGGGCUACUUCCACAUCUUCAAGCACAAGGACCUCUACGUGAGCCUGGCUUUCGACGUGGACAAGAUCGAGAGCAUGGUGGCGCUUCGAGAAGAGGUUGGACGUAUGAUGCUGUCAUGGUCGGAUUUCAGUGCCACCUUGGGCUUCUUUGAGGAGCGCUACACCGAGGAGAUCGCCGAGGACAUCGGGUUCCCUGUCCAAGAUAUGCGAGUGGUGCCGUCAGUUAGUGAGCAAGGAUUGCGACGUUUGGGAGCCUUCCUUCGUGCCUGGCCCAAUAGGAACACCGUUGUCGAGCUCCGCGCCCAGUGCGAACUGCUGCGGAAUUGUGGGGCCUUGCGUCUUUGGCUUUGCGUGAGCUUGAUGCUGUGCUGGAAGGGAGCUGAGCAUUCUGCUCAGCUGCUCAGCUUUUGCAUUGAAGCCAUUUUUGUGCUGGCGAUCAUGGGCAGACAAGGUCUACUUGAACACCCAGCUGAGCCGGAAGCCGAUGAUGGCAUUUCUAUCGGCAAAGACUGCCGCGGUCAGUUCCAAACAGCACAUCUCAAAGAGUAUCCUCCGGCGCUCUGCACCGCGCUGGCUGAGGUCACCUGGAAUGCCACAUGUACAGCUCCAGCGAAUGACACAGCACAGUUGCCAGUGCAUUUUCAGGAGGUUUGUGCGAAGUUGAACGUGACCGAGCACGGAGACCAUGUGGGACCGGACUUUGUACAUUAUGGUCGUCCGGAAGUGAAUUCAUUUGUGCUCCGCCGUGUGGCAUGUCAGCAUCUUCCCAUGCCUGCUCUCAUUCCAGAAAUCCAGCACCCGGCUGGUGGGAGGAAUACAUUGGCCCUGGCAGACCGCUGGAUACCAACCUGUUUUUCGUCAUUUGCACCAACAACCUCGGAGGAUGUUAUGGUUCGAGGUGCCAAGAGCUUUCCAGGCAGCAUAGCCUUUCGACAUGCUCAGCGUCAGGCCAUCAUGUCCGAUCCCAACUGGCGAGGAGGAGAUUACUACGAUGGUCAGUUGCCAGCUAAUGGUCUGCGGCUGGCCCGCCAGCUUGGAACGAUCACUUACCGAUCCGGGCUUGAGUGGCAACAGCGCUUUGGGCAAAGCCUAGCCAAAGGAAUCACCAAACGAGAAGGUUUGAAGAACGAAUUCAUGAUUGAAAACUACUUGGCUCACCAGGGAGAGAAAUGGGUGAACGCCUACGAUCCCAACUCACUCUUGUGGAUCUCCAAGGCGAUGGAUGGUUUCUCCCUCGAGAAACUGGACAAGGAUGGAAAUCCGUGCUUGUUGGAGGGCCUCAAAGGCGCUAUGAUGCCAGCGCUGGUCAUUGGUGUUCAGCAUGACGUACUCUUUCCAGUGUGGCAGCAGAAAGAGAUUGCAGACACUUUGCGAAAGGCGGGAAACAAAGGAGUGGUCUACUACGAGCUGGACUCCAUCUAUGGGCACGACUCUUUCUUGCUGGAUGCGGUGUCCAUUGGCCCUGCGGUGAAAGGCCACCUUGAGCAAGAGCCAGAUGGUGCACGGCACAUUUGGGAGGAUCUGGCGAGCAGCGCUGUUGGUUUCCUUCAGGCUAUCAGCCAGCGCGGAAGCACAGCCGACAGCAUGAGAGACAUCUUCCGAGCACUCUCGAAUGGUGAGAAGGCACUCCAGGACGUGGAGCGUGAUCGACUCAAAGCCAUGGUCAAGUUGGUUUGGAGCCGGGGCGAAAUGGGGCGAAUCCACGCUUCGCUGCCGUGCUGGGACCAGGUAGCUGUGGACAAGGCGUUCGAGAACAUGGCCAAAGAGCCUUUGAUGGAGUUGGGGCCUUGGAUGGCUUGGUUCUACCAAGUAGAUCUGAAACUGACCUGGGUUGGAAUUGCCGAGGUCGAGUUCGACACUUUGGUUGUAGCUUGUAGCGCUCAUCUUGGCAACAGAGAAACAGUCUAUUCGUAUGUCUCCUUAGCACACAGGAGGUCUAGCACCGAUGAAGUCAGUUUGGACUUGAAAGAUCGCAGCAUGCUGGGCAGUGGCAAAGUGUACAAAGACCAACAGAAUCUGCAUUUGGCUUUGAUACAACUCCGUCAAGGGCUCACUGGGACAAGAAGUUCGAGACAGAGGACCGCGCUUCCGAGGCGAGUUUUGGUCAAGCCAGAGGCACGUUGUGAUUGAACCGCUUCAAACGGCUUGUGAUCCCCGGAUUGCGCUCUGUGUUCAAAUCUUUUAGAGGUGCAGCUCUUGCAAAGUUGUCUAGCUGCCACACUUGGGGCUCACUGAAAGCUUGACAUCAGCGUGGUUCAUCGUGCUAGUGUAGUUUGUUAGUGUGGUUUGACAUGUAGUUUGAAAUGGAAGGCGUGGUGUGAUGUGCCCGCACAUAGCUUUCUGCCAGGGCAAAGUUGGAUGAACGAAUUGCCGAACUCUUGCCUGAAGUGGAAAGACUCCGCAAGGAGCGUCAGGUCCAGAACAGCCUUUUGGAGCAGCGAGUUCAGGAGCUGGAAGCUCAGCUACUGAGCCGAGGUCCGUAGGCUUUUGCAUGGGCUGAUUCGAAAAGGGUAUUUCGGUGUCUCUCGCAAAGGCUCA